GUUCCAUUAAAUCUGUCCUGACAGCCAAAUAUCGGACGGAUGCUUCUGCUGUUCGCGGAUAACAUGUCUCUUUCAUUCCACCUUGCACCAGAGCCGCAUCUCCUGCUCGUUCUGUUCACUGUUUACAGCCUUCUGGCUGUAAGGAGAACUUUUGCACAAGGGCAGCAGGGUGAUGGAUGUGGGCAUACUUCCACUGGCCCUGAAAGUGGGACUCUGACUUCCAAGAACUACCCUGGCACCUACCCGAAUCACACAUUCUGUAAAUGGGAGCUGCGUGUGGCAACAGGGAAGAGUAUAAUUCUGAGGCUUGGUGACUUCGACAUUGAGUACACAGACGGCUGCUCAUCCAGUUCAUUGAAAGUCUAUAUUUCAUCAUCUGCUAAUGACACCUAUGGUCCUUAUUGUGGAAAUGUGAAAAAAGCCCCUUCACGAAUACAGUUAACAUCCAGUGUGGUGACCGUGGAGUUCAGAAGCAGCACUCAUAUAUCAGGAAGAGGAUUUCUGCUCUCGUAUGCCACUACUGACCAUCCAGAUUUGAUUUCCUGUCUGGAUAAAGGGAUUCAUUAUUCUCAACAACAUUUUAGUAAAUAUUGUCCAGCGGGUUGUAAAGAUGUCAUUGGUGAUGUUUGGGGGAAUCCUCAACAGGGCUACCGUGAUACAUCUGUUUUGUGUAAAGCAGCCCUUCAUGCCGGUGCAAUAGCGGAUGAUCUUGGGGGCCAGGUCUCAGUGAUUCUGAAGAAAGGCAUCACUCUGUACGAAGCAGCUUCUGCAAAUGGGAUUUUAACUAAAACAGGUUCUUUGUCUGAGAAACGGAUGGAGAUCAUAAAAGAUUGUGAUGAUGUUCUUAAGAGCAGGCACCUUACUGCUUCAUCAUCGUGGACAGAGAAGAACAACAUUGGAGAGCUGAUUGUCUGGUCUCCUGAUAAAGCUAAUGUCAGCAGCAAAGGACAUCCAUGGGCUUGGGCUGCAAACUUAGACAGUGAGGGAGAAUGGCUGCAAAUAGACUUGGGAGAACGGAAGAACAUCACAGGGAUUAUGACCAAAGGUAGCAUGAGCAAUGGGUAUAAUUUCUAUGUAAAGACAUACAAGGUUUCCUCCAGCAACAAUGGAAAAACCUGGAGAACCUAUAAGAGUAAGAACAACAAGGAAGGCAAGAUUUUUGAAGGAAACACAGAUGGCCGACAACUGGUUCGCAAUAAUUUCAUCCCAUCUUUUGUGGGGCGGUACAUUCGAAUUAGACCACAGACAUGGUACCAAAGAAUAGCUAUGAAGGUAGAGCUGAUUGGCUGCAAGAUCUCGCAAAGAAAUGGGCGAAUUGGUCAUCCACGUAGUUCAAAACCUUUGCCCAAGCCAACCGUUAUCCCCACAGAAAGCAGCACUCUGCCGGAUCCAAUAGUGGUAGAGAAACACUCACCAGGUUUUAAUCUAAUGGUGAUACUUAUUGUAGUUGGUUCUGCAGUAAUCAUUUCUACAGCUGUCCUAUUGCUAUGCCUAUACUGUAAGAAAAGGAAGACUGGGCCAAGAAUGGACUGUUCUUUCCUAGGAGUAUGUGACAAAUCAGUGAAAAAGCAGAACUGUCAAAGAAGUCAGCAGCAGCCCACAGAGUCAAAGGUCAUUAUUUAUACCAGUGAGGAGGGAUUGAACAGGAACUUCACUGGAAACAACUUGUCAGAGUAUGCAGAGCCUGACAUUAUUCAAGUGGGAAUAGCAGCCCAAAAAGCCUCAUCGACUUUCAAACCCCCAAUGGACGAUGGUUACACUAUACCACUUGUUGUGAGUCACUACGAUGUUCCAUUUUCAGGGAAGAACCAUGAAUAUGCUGAACCAUUAUCUAACCAAGAACCAGAGUACGCUACUCCAUUUGUUGAGCAAAGUACAGAGCCAGAACAAUCCACAAAGAAAAAUGUCUAUAUAGUAAAAGUUGUUCCAGCUAUGCAAGAAGAACUUUAAAAGCCUCAGUCAUGCCAGAUGUGCUGCCUUGGUAUGAUUCACCUAACCAAACAUUAUACAGGUUUGUAUCAUGUACUGAACCUUUGCAGAGGUUGCCAAGAAACAGAGUGCAGUCAAAAGCAGUAACCAGAAAGGUACAACAGCAAGCAAAUUACACCAAAGAAAGCUCCUCUCUGCCUAGUGACUUUGUAAUGCCAGUGUACCAUCAAGCACUAUGAAUUGUGAACAAUAAGGACUUGUGUAAGUUUUAAAACCAUCAAAUUCCUGAAUUAAAAAGGAAGUUGACAAUAUAGUACUAUUUAUGUCAACUGGUUUAAAUGAUAGGAAUCUGGGAAAAACUGGACAAGUCGUUGAUAGCAGUUCCAGGGCAAGAAGACUAAGUGAAAACAUUGAACUCUAGAUAUGUGAUACUGUUUCCAACAAGGAAUGUUUUGAUAGUCAAGUUAUUUAAUGUAUUUUUUUAAAGUACUGAAUAGAUAAAAGCACUUCAUAAAAUAGGAUUGAAUGGGAGCAUGCUUUAAUUGUUCAUUUUUGUUACAGAAUAUUUUUUACUGCAGAAAAUGCUGGUUUAUUCAGCAAUUCAUCAGAGUUGUAUUAAUAAAAUGUGACAUCUA